AUGGCUUAUUUCAAGGUCUCCUUUGAUUUCAUCAACACAGAGACACGGAAGUCUACGGAUAUGCUCCUGUACAAGAACUUCCUGUCCAGUCUGUCCUACAGUGUGUCCCUCAGUCUGUCGUACAGUCUGUCCUACAGUCUGUCCUACAGUGUGUCCCUCAGUGUGUUCCACAGUGUGUCCUACAGUGUGUCCCUCAAUCUGUCCUACAGUGUGUCCCUCAGUGUGUCCCUCAGUGUGGGAGUAAGUCCCUUCUGUUUCCUGUCCUCAGCGAUGCCUCUCACUCCGUGGGCACCCGGACAGAAAAUCAAAGUCACGAUUCAGGAGUUUAUGAAUGUCGGCAGCAGAGACGCUCUGUUAAACGGUUACCAGCAGGGUCCGCGCCACAACAAAGUUUACGAGUUUAUCCAGAGCCGAGGUUCAGAGUGUGACUCUCAGGGCGUGGUGAACUUUGUCCUCUCUAAGGAAGGAGGAGACAUGUCUCUGGUGGAUGAAGCUAACGUCUGGCUCUUCCUCCGACUGGCCAAGACCAACCGCAGCCGAGCCAAGGUGACCAUCCGCCUCUUCCAGCAGCGCCGCCUCCCAAACGGACGCCCGUCUUCACCACAGGACGACGUCCUACUGGUGGAGAAGAACGUGGACACCCGUCGCAGCGGCUGGCACACCUUCCCGGUGUCAAAGGCAGUGCAGGCGGUGCUGGAGAGCAGAAAGAGUUCGACGCUGAGUCUCAGGGUGUCCUGCCCACUCUGCGCCGACUCCGGUGCCACCCUUGUCCUGGUCUCAGGCAAUUCGUCGCAGCGCAACAACCAGCGGGAGCAGUCCCACCGGCCCUUCCUCAUGGCUGUGGUCCGGCAGGAGGACGGCAGCGACUCCAGGCGGCGCAGAAAGCGUGGUCUGGAGUGUGACGGGAAGGUACGCAUCUGCUGCAAGAGACAGUUCUACGUCAACUUCAAAGACAUCGGCUGGAAUGACUGGAUCAUUGCGCCGUCGGGUUACCAUGCCAAUUACUGUGAGGGUGAUUGCCCCUCCCACGUGGCGAGCAUCACCGGCUCCAUGCUGUCCUUCCACUCCACAGUGAUCAGCCACUACCGCAUGCGGGGCUACAGCCCCUUCCAGAACCUAAGGUCGUGCUGCGUGCCCACCAGGCUACGGGCCAUGUCCAUGCUCUACUACAACAAGGAGCAGAAGAUCAUCAAGAAGGACAUCCAGAACAUGAUUGUGGAUGACUGUGGGUGCUCAUAAACACACAGACUGGACCGGAUGGAUCCAACUGGACUGGACCAGUGAGGAGGAUCUUUGACCCCGGCGAGGGGGGCUGGUGGUCUCCUCCUGGUCACUGUCUGGGAUGGAAACUCGUCUCUGGACCCUUUGAGCAGAACUCACAAAGGGACUCAACGGCACUUUCUGACAAAGCAAAAGAAGAAAAAUAAAAAAUAAAAAAGAUUAUCUAAUAUAUUUUUGUUACAGACUGAGGGAAUGAGUCG